AUGGCCUCUCCCCAUUGCAUCUAUACAACUUCCCUUCUACUUUUGCUCAGCUUUCAACUAUUUUCCACCAUUUCCGAAGCUGUUGUGCCAGCUUCAGACACCUUCAGUUACGUAAACGAAGGUGUUUUCGGAGAUUAUAUCGUAGAGUACGAUGCAAAUUAUCGUUUUCUUCCUCCCUUUUCUAACCCAUUCCAGCUUUGUUUCUACAACACCACCCCUAACGCAUACACUCUAGCUCUACGUAUGGGUACAGUCCGAUCGGAGGCGCUUAUGCGUUGGGUUUGGGAAGCCAACCGAGGCAACCCAGUUCGUGAAAACGCUACCCUCACCUUCGGUACAGAUGGAAACCUUGUCUUAGCAGAUGAUGAUGGCCGGAUUGCUUGGCAAACCAACACCGCCAAUAAGGGUGUCGUCGGUUUUCAGUUGCUCCCCACCGGUAACAUGGUUCUUCAUGAUGGCAAGGGUAAUUUCAUAUGGCAAAGCUUCGACUCCCCAACUGAUACUCUCUUAAUCGGUCAAUCUCUUCGAGCUGGUGGUGUCAGUAAGCUGGUGAGCCGGGCUUCCGCCGAGAACAACACCGAUGGACCAUAUAGCUUGGUGAUGGAGCCUAACAUGCUAGCCUUGUAUUACAAGAGCCCUAAUUCACCUCGCCCAAUGCUUUAUUGGUCCUUAUUCGUUGACAGAGUUAGUGUGCUCAAUCUAACUCUUACUUCAGAUCCAGCUACAACUGAGGGUUUUCUCUAUUACUUCGAGUUUCUUUACUUUACGACAAACUCCCAGGCUGCUUCGGAUGUCGACUUGACCUACGCCCACACACGAUACAACAACACGUUAUCAUAUCUUCGAGUAGGGAUGGAUGGGAACCUUAGAUUCUUCACGUAUAAUCCAAACGUGCAAGUCUACGCUUGGGAUGUGGCUUACGAGUUUAUGGGCAGAGAUUCCUUAGAAAGUGAGUGUCAGUUGCCGGAACGAUGUGGGAAGUUUGGGCUAUGUGAGAAUAGUCAAUGUGUCGCAUGCCCAACACCAAACGGACUAAGUGGGUGGAGCACAGAUUGUGAGGCAAAGAAGGUACACGAGGGGAGAUGGUGGAACGAAGCAAAGUGA